GAUGAUCAAGCAUACAGCAGGAAGGUCACACAAGCCAUUAUCUGGCAGCCAUGCUCCCUGGGCCCAAGUAUCAGGGAGGAGCGGGCAGCAGUGUGGCGGUAGUGGCUCUCUCGAACACAUAUAGGCUCCAGCUCUUCCUGCAUUACAGUUUACAGACUGAAGCAAGCAUACUAGUUGAGGAUGUUGAUGUUGGUGGGAGUGGCUCUGGUGCUGCUCGUGCUCUACCUGGCCUCCCGUAAGCCUCGAGGCUACCCUCCAGGUCCAGCACGACUACCUUUAGUUGGGUACCUGCCUUACUUGGAGAAACAGGGCCCACACAAGCAGCUGUGGCGCCUCUCCGCCUCCUACGGCCCGGUCAUCGGCCUGUACAUAGGCACCCAGCCCACAGUGGUCACCAACGGCUGGGACGCUGUCAAGGAGUCCCUUCUCAACGACGACCUUAACGGAAGACCACCAAAUUUAUUUUCCGAAAUUAUCUUCAAUGGUGAACAAAGAGGAGUAAUGUUUGUGGAGAAUGACUUUUGGAAGGAACAGAGGCGAUUCACACUCCACAAUUUUCGCAACCUUGGAUUUGGAAAAAGGUCGCACGAGGAAAUUAUUCAUGAGGAAGCCCGCGAGCUGAUCCAGGAGGUCCAGGAGGCCAACGGCAGCGUUACACUCCAGGGCAUGGCGGGCGUGUCAGCCAUCAACAUUCUGUGGGCGUUGCUGGGUGGCACCAGGUUCAGCAGGAAGGACGCGAGACUCAUGAAGCUCGUCAACUUACUCAACGAGAUGUUUCGCACUGGAAAUGUAAGUAAUGUCACAAUGGUUUUGUUAGCCGUCUGCCUUGCACAACACAGCUUCAAGUUGGUGUACACGGAGGCCACGCUGAUGGAGACCUUCCGCUUCAGGGGCGCGGCACCACUCACCGUGCCUCACAAGGCCCUCAGAGACACCACACUGCAGGGUCAUCGCAUCCCAGCCGGGACGAUGAUGAUGAACAACCUGUACAGCAUCCACAUGGACCCGGGUUACUGGGGUGACCCGGAGACCUUCCGGCCGGAGCGCUUCAUCAACGCCGACGGCUCCCUCCGCAGAGAGGAGCGCUUGAUACCCUUCGGCAAAGGUCGGCGAGUGUGUCUGGGAGAGUCUCUGGCCAGGAUGACAACGUUUCUGCUGUUCACGGCCCUCCUGCAGCACUUCACCUUCGUCCUGGACCCCGCCGUCCCAGUCCCCAGCACGGAGGGCAUAUGUGGCAUCACGCUCGGACCUCCAGCCUUCAAGGUCUUCGCCAAAGCCCGGUUCUAAAGACCACUGUCCAGUCUGCAGACUUCAAGGUCUUCGCCAAAGCCAAAGACCACUGUCAAGAGUUCAAGGUCAAAUGAGAAGUCCACAGCCAAGUCCCCUGGUGUUAUAUAUUCUAAAACAAAUUAAAUAUUCAUAUCAAAUAACGUUCAAUGUGUUAAGACCUGAAAGAGGCUGUUUAGAAUAUCAAUUUACUUACUGUCAUUGGAAAUGUUAUUUUUACAUGAAAAAGCAUUGCAGUGUUAAUUAAAUUUAAUUAUUAUA